AUGUUGGCAGAGCUGGUGGAGUUUCUGAAGAAGACUGGACUCCAAGAUGCUUCAGCAGAGAGCAGAGACAAACUCCAGGACAUCCUGAGAGAGACGGCGACAAGCAUCUCUCUGAGAGCCGCUGAAGAGGAGCUUUUACUGCUGCAACCACAGCCAGAGAGCAGAGCAGACUUCUUACGAUAUUCACAGCAGAUCACACUGGAUCCAAACUCUGCACACGAACAACUGCUGCUGUCUGACAGGAGCAGAAAAGUCACUUAUACGUGGAAAAAACAGCCUUAUUAUGACCAUCCAGAAAGAUUCACCAGAAAUAUUCAGGUUGUGAGCAGAGAGAGUCUGGCUGGACGUUGCUACUGGGAGGUGGAGAGGAGGGGAGGAGUCAUUUAUGUAGCAGUCACCUACAAGAACAUCAGCAGAGGAGGGAGGGGAAAGGAGUGUGUUUUUGGAUAUAAUCACAAAUCCUGGGCUUUAUUUUGUGACUCAAACAGUUUAAUUUUUCGGCACAACAAAGCACAAACUCUGCUCUCAGGUCCUCGGUCCUCCAGAGUGGGAGUGUACCUGGAUCACACAGCAGGGAUUCUGUCUUUCUACAGCGUCUCUGAAACCAUGACUCUCCUCCACAGAGUCCAGACCACCUUCACUCAGCCGCUACAUGCUGGAGUUUUCCUUUAUCCCUUUGAAGGAAACUCUGCAGAGUUCCUGAACCCCGAGUAG